UCACGGGACAUUUAAAUCGUGAUGACGUCGCCACUGUUUUAAAAGGUGAAGAAGAAAAGGAGACCAUGGGAGUGAAGGAACUUUGGGGUCUUGUGUCCCCAACGGGGGAACUGUUGCCUCUAGCUUCCUUAGAAGGGCAGGCUGUGGCUGUGGACCUCUCCUGUUGGGUGGUUGACUCACAGGCACUGCAGCUGGGACAUGUAACUCGCCCACAUCUCAGAAACUUAUUUUUUCGCACCAUGGCCCUGUUGAAGGCGGGAGUGUUGCCAGUGUUUGUACUGGAAGGGGAUGCUCCACGCCUCAAGUGGAACACCAUCACUUCUCGCAACCAGAGAAAUUUUCACCAUUCAGCGCCUUCCAAGAAUGUUUCACUCAAGACAGGAAAAAGGUCCCAAUUUAAAUCAAUUUUGAAACAGUGUGGUGAGCUGCUUGAUCUUCUGGGUGUGCCUUGGGUACAAGCACUUGGUGAGGCAGAGGCAACGUGUGCUGCUCUCAACUACCAUCAGAUGGUAAAGGGAGUCAUUACCCAAGACAGUGACGUCUUCUUAUAUGGGGGUCACACAGUGUUCCGUAAUUUCACUGCUAACCAGAAUAAGGCAACUAUGGAGAAGUUCAGCAUGGAUAUCAUAGAGGACCGCCUACAGUUGACUCGAGGAGGUUUAAUAACUCUUGGCAUCUUGCUUGGGUGUGACUACCUACCUAAUGGUGUGCAGGGGGUUGGUAAAGACACUGCAGUGAAACUCCUGCGAGCUUGGUACAAGGCUGGCGAACGAGAUCCAGUGAAAAGAAUGUGUUCAUGGACAAACCAACAUAGCACAGUGAGCUCCAGAAAAUGGAAAAAUGGGAGCACUGAGGAACUUGAAGCAGGAGUGAGAGAGAGGCUGCUAGCAACAGAUGGGUUCCCUUUCACAGAGAUCCUUCAGGAAUUUCAGCACAAGCUCAGUCGCCCCACUACAAAGAUUAAUUGGGCUCAGCCACGUUAUGAGGAUCUUGUGAAAUGGUGUAUCUGUAUGCUGGACUGGGAACCUUUGUAUGCUGUAGAAAAGAUCUCACCAGUUGUUACUAGAUGGAUUGUAACCCAUGGCACAGGGCUGAGGUGUAUACAGCCGAUCGGCAUUGUGAAACGCUGUGUCCGGCGUGGUGUAGCAGCAUGUGAGGUUCAGUGGAGAGUUGUCAGUUGUGAUCUUCCCAAAGGAACUCCAGAACACCUCACUACUGAUGAACCUCUGCAUCUCAUUCAAGAAUCAUUAUCAAUGCUUGUGCAAGAGUUUGAAGAAAAGACCAAAUCAAAGAAACAAGGUAAAAAUAAAAAGAAGAGCAAGGAUAAUAUCAAGAAACUGACUAAGGAUGACCCUGUGAAAUUAGUUAAGGAUGACACCAGGAAAUCAGUCAAGGAUGACCCUGUGAGAUUGACUAAUGAUGACCCUAGAAAAAUUAAUCUUAAGGAUAACCUUAGGAAAUUGAAUCUGGAUAUGAAUAAUAGCAGCAGCAGCAGCAGUGUCAUGGACGGAAAUGAUAAAUGUUAUGACUUUGUAAUGAAAAGUAAGCACAGUCUUUCAAACCAUUGCAGCAUACAAGUAAAUAGUUCUGAGGAGUUUGUUGCUGACAGGAAUCAUGUAACUAAAGAAAAAAAUAACAUAACUCUGACUGAUGAUGAAAGAGAGGAGAAGCUUGAAGAUGCAGACUUAUCAUUGAUCAUUGACAGAAUCAUAAACAUCAAAAUGAGCAGUCACUUUCCUGAAUGUGGAAGUGUUAACAGACAAGGUGCUGAAUAUAUAAAUGAAAAACAGAAAAAAAAUCAGAACAGCUGUAACUCAGACCAGAAGGCAAUGACACAGUGUGAAGGCCACUAUUCAAGAUACAACUUAGGUGAAGAAAAGGUCGAUAUAAAGAACAUAAGUUGGCAGAAAUUCAAUGAUUCGGGAAAAAGAGAUAAAACUCAAAGAAUAAUCGACAGUACAAUUGAUUUUAAAUUAGAUGAUAAAGAAAAUCAACCAGAAAGUCUCUUUGACAGAGUAUCUAAACGGCUAAAUAAAAGACACAGGAAAAAGGGGCAUGUUUGACCAGCCCUUGCAAU